CUCGUCAAGAUUUUGCAAGCUGUCUGGCUCAAUUCACUGGGUCUAUUUUGCGCUUCAUGGACUCGGUCGAGGGUCUCGAUCAGCUCAGCACCAUCAUGGCACCGAGCGUCACAGCGAUCAUCCAGCCCGGGGAAGCAGCAGCACCGCCCGACAGGCUCAGUGCAAAGGGCAGAUCGUUGGCCCGGAGGCUCGCUUGGUCGGCCGGGGUGGCUUUUGUGGACUGGGUUGUCGCCGUGGUUGCUGGCGGGUCGGUGACCGAGGAGCUCGGCUGUGUCGUAUCGACUUUGUUACUUGCCGACGCAGGCGCAGUGCUCGAACUGGUCGGUGAGGGCACGGAGACCACCAAGCUUGGUUGUGUGGUCAAAGUGGUUGUUGAGAUCGUUAGGGCAGAGGUGGUCGAGCCGAGCGGAGGACGGCCGGGUAUCCUGGCUGCUGUCACCAUCAAGAGGCCGGAUGACAGUAUAAUGGCUGCGAGAAAGUCUUCUGUUUUCGUCACGACCAUGGUCUAUUUCUGCCCAAAGUGCCGCCAGGGUUUUGUCGACAUGCACGACCUUGUCGAGCACCGACAAAGAGUCUGUGAAUGCCCCCUGGAACUUCGUAUCUGCGACUGCGGCAAGGCACAUCGAACCCAGACCGACACUGAACAGGUCGCCUUCGACACGGAGCACUCCGAUUUUGACCACUACUGGUUGUCGCUGCGAUACAGAUACCGCUGGGAAAACAUACCACCACAUACCCUGCUUGCGCCAAGCUCGCAGCUUGGUGGCGACCGCUGUGUGCCAGAGACGAGCAGCGGCGACGCAGUACCGCCGCUGCCACAGAUGAGCCAGGACCCAAAGCUGAUUUGGUCAGAUCCAAGUGUCACAGAGCACGACUCAACUUGGUUCUCGGGCCUCUGCCGGUCGUCCAAGGAGCUGUUCCAGGUUGGGAGUUGUCUGGUCGAGAUGCAGGUGCUGGAUGAAAGGCGAAGUGGCUCUUCGUCACUGAGCGAUCGAGAAUAUGAUACGCCAGACUCGCGCCGGCUGCUGUCUCUGGUUCUUCUCGAAGCCAAAUCGUCAGGCAUUGUUGCGUCAGAGGAUGAGUGCUAUUACAUCCUCUAUGGUGCGCUGAUGCCGCAGCGCAACUCGGUUCAUCUGAGCGCCGGGCUGAUUGCGGGUGCGCUCUGCCUCGUUCAGUCCGGCGAAUGUUUGUCGUCGCAGAUCUGCCUUCGUCGGUGCAGCUUGGGGAUGCUCGAUGGUGCGAGAUGCUGCAGGCCCGCAUUCGCGACGAUGCGGCGGUUCUCCACAUUCUCUGGUAUGAGCCAUGGAAAGCUGAGAAGAUCCAAUAGCUACUCGGAUAGUGCCUCCAUUCCUCCGGACACUCACAUCCACAAUAUCUCUGCAACGUUCGCGGGGCAUCGGCCCGAGCCAGCAAUCCGAACCACGGACGAGUCGUGGGAAACGACGCCAUCAGCGCACUGCAUCUCGGCGUUGUUGAUUCCAAAGCCCGCACUCUGGCUCGCGGACAGGUUUGUUCCAAUGGUAUUGGUGGUCAAGAGUCCGUCCCCUCGAACGCCGCCAUGUUCUCAUCUGAUUCGUCUGUCGGAUUGCUGGAACAAGAACCAGAGCUCUGCUCGUGGUGCGCUCAUUCUGCACGAGCUCACCGUUCAGAGCCCGCUCUGCCACGAGUGGACCGUAUCGGCAUCCAAGCGCAUCCGGUCUGUGACCUCUCAAUCCGGAACCGAAUCUUGCGCUCCGACGAAGAAACUUCGCCUGCUUGUUGGAGACAAGUCCCCGGUUCAGAUUCCCGCCCACAAGCCCCAACAUGGCGGAUCUUGGCCAGGAUUCUUUGUGAGGUACCGCACUGGGAGGACCUCAGCCACCUCGGUCCGGAGUCCGCAGAGUCGGUAUUACCUAUCCCUACUCUGA